AUGUCUGGUCUAACCUCUCCUCAGAAGCCUGUCCAUCCUGGACCACCAUCACCCAAAGCCACGGCUGGGCCUGUAGACAAUGAAAGUGGUCUUUUGCCGCCGGAGCAUUGGGCGCAGUUGAAUGAGGAGGCUGAUGAUCAAGAUGAUGCCGACUCAAUUCUAUCCGAUAACGGUAGCUCAACUGCCUCUUUGUCGUCUAGUAUUCUGAAGUACAGAACGCUCCAUGGUAGACUUUACCAAAGUGAGAAGGGAAACCCUGACUACUGGGGCCCCAUUGAUGAGACUGGGCAGGCAGCCAUGGACAUCAACCACCAUGUGCUCACUCUACUGAUGGGAGACAAGCUCUAUUUGGCACCGAUCUCACAAGACAUUCAGGCAGCGGCAGACAUCGGAACCGGAACAGGCAUCUGGGCUAUCGAAUUCGCAGAUAAAUUUCCCAACGCUUCAAUCAUCGGGACUGAUCUCGCUCCAAUCCAACCAGGCUGGGUUCCUCCCAACCUUGAGUUCCAAAUCGAUGACUGCACUCAAGAAUGGACUAUUGCACCCAAUUCGCUUGACUACGUUCACAUGCGCUGGCUUGUCGGCAGCAUUGCUGACUGGACAGGUCUCUUUAAAGAAGCUUACAAAAGUCUCAAGCCUGGCGGUUGGGUUGAGAGCUACGAACCAUCCUCCACUGUCGAGAGCGACGAUAACAGUGUCUUGCCCGGGAGUGCAAUGAGCCAGUGGCAGAAAUUCUUUGUCGAAGGUGGUCGUAAGAUGGGUCGUCCUUUUACAGUAUUCAAAGACAGGCUUCAGAGGAAGGCUAUGGAGGAAGCUGGAUUUGUCGAUAUUGAGGAGCGGGACUUCAAGAAUCCAGUUGGUGGAUGGCCCGAGGACCCGGAAGCAAAGAUCGUUGGGCAGUAUACGCAAGCAGCUCUUGAGGAAGACGGCAAAGGGACGGUGUUACAUUUUGCGACCGCUUUGGGAUGGACGGAGGAGGAAGUCACUGUCUUUAUGGCCCAGUAUCGUCGUGAGAUUCGCUCGCCUAAAAUUCAUGCGUAUUAUAAGCAGAAGGUUAUCUGGGGUCGGAAGCCUGAGGCUGCUUAG